CGGCUACGUCAUGUCAUCUGAUCAGACUUCCCAUUCAACCGUGCCGCCUCUUCAUUCUCCGAAGUCACCCGUGUGGCCUACUUUUCCCUUUAACCGGGAGGGAAGCAGGAUCUGUGAAAGGGGUAACCACCUUCUUCGGGACUUACCUAGCCCCCUUCCCACUAAAAGAACCAGAACAUACUCUGCGACGGCUCGUGCCUCUGCUGGCCCUGUCUAUAAGGGUGUAUGCAAACAGUUUUCACGGUCCCAGGGCCAUGGGUUCAUCACCCCAGAGACUGGUACAGAGGAUAUAUUUGUCCAUGUGUCUGACAUUGAGGGGGAGUAUGUCCCAGUAGAAGGAGAUGAGGUCACAUACAAAAUCUGCCCCGUCCCACCAAAGAAUCAGAAGUUCCAGGCUGUGGAGGUGGUCCUCACCCACUUAGCUCCCCACACAAAGCAUGAAACGUGGUCUGGUCAGAUAAUUGGCUCAUAAACUGCUUGUUUGUUUUUUUGAAGCCUAUGGGCCAACUCCACCGGGAAGUGGAGUUGGGUGGUGGUGUGGGUGGUGGAGCAGCUACAGGAGAAAUGGAAGAGAAGCCAGGCUGGCAAUUCUUGUUUCCAGUGUGACAUGUUUGCCUUUAUAUCUUGUCUUU